UGCUUAAUACCAUCCCUAGCACAAAUGCAACUCUCGGCGGCAACAAGAAGCAGACACAAAAACAAGACAAAAACACUGAUUUCUCCGUUCACCCAGUCCAAUUAUUAAAUUUGUAAAUUUUUUGGGAAAGGACCUACAGGCCCCUAUAAAAAUAUGAGCCAUGCGGCUGCGAUUUGGCUGCUAAUGCUGCUGCAAGGCACCUUAACAGCCCUUGGCGAACGAACGCGCGAUAAGAUGUACGAGCCUAUUCUGGGGGCCAGUUGUUUCCGUAGAUUAAAUGGCACGCACCAAACCGGCUGUUCUUCUACGUAUUCCGGCUCUGUAGGCGUUCUGCAUCUAAUCAACGUCGAAGCCGACUUGGAAUUUCUCCUCGGCAAUCCGCCAUCGCCGCCGUAUGCGCCCCUGAUACCACCACAUUUGUUCACAAGAAGCAAUCUUAUGCGUCUGAAAGAAGCCGGACCUAAGAACAUCUCAGUAGUGUUGCUCAUCAACAACGCAGAGAAGAUGAAACAGUUUUCGCACGAGCUCAACUGUCCCAACCAAUACAGUGGAAUCAAUAGCAGCGAAACAUGCGAUGCUAGCAAUCCUGCAAAUAGCUGGAACCCGUGGGGUACAGGACUGCUGCACGAGGACUUCCCUUUUCCUAUCUACUAUAUAGCCGAAGAAAAGGAGAUCGACAAGCUGAAAGAUUGUUUCGAAAAGUUUAACAACAAAAACUACGAAACUCACGCUCUGCGAAGCCUUUGUGCUAUUGAAGUUAAAUCCUUCAUGUCGGCUGCCGUUAAUACAGAGGUGUGCAUGCGGCGUACAAACUUCAUCAAUAAUCUAGGAGGCAGCAAGUACUGUGAUCCUCUCGAGGGACGAAAUGUGUAUGCUACCGUGUAUCCCCGCAAUUCUACACCGAAUGCGAUUGAGGGGACAAAGACGGACGAGAAGUUUAUUUUAGUUACAUGUCGAUUGGACACCGCCAGCAUGUUUGAUGGCGUGGGUCUUGGUGCAAUGGACUCAGUAGUCAGCUUGGCUGUGUUUACUCAGGUGGCGAACCUUUUGCGACAGAUUCUGCCAGCCCAAAGCUCUCUACCCGAUCCGCGUCGUAAUGUUCUAUUUGUGACAUUCAAUGGAGAAUCCUACGAUUAUAUUGGCUCGCAGAGGUUUGUGUACGACAUGGAUAAGCUCGAUUUCCCCCCAAAAUCGGCAGGCGGCUCUCCGAUAGCAUUCGAAAACAUUGAGUUUAUGUUAGACAUUGGCACACUAGAUGACAUUGCUAACAUCAAGUUACACGCCCUCACUGGCACACAGUUGGCCCAGAAACUUCUUGAGCAACUAAACACUUAUGCCAAAUCGCCACGGUACGGCUUUAAUGUAAACAUACAGUCGGAGAUGAGUGCUCACAUACCACCCACAUCGGCACAAUCAUUCUUACGCCGGGAUCCAAAGUUUCCAGCUUUGAUACUAAACGCUCGCCCAACAAACAAGUACUAUCAUUCCAUUUACGACGACUCGAUUAACGUCGAUUUCGUUUAUGCCAACACUAGCCAGGACUUUACACAACUUGUGGAAGUGGGAGAUUUCAAGACUUUAAAAGCAGAAUCGCUGCAAAUGAAAGUGCGCAAUAUAUCCUCCAUUGUGGCCCUAGCACUUUAUCAGUCCCUCACUGGGCAAGAGUACACCGGCACGAAGGUGGCUAAUCCUUUGUUGGCCGAUGAGCUGCUCUACUGCUUUUUGCAGUCGGCCGACUGUCCGCUAUUCAAGGCCUCGUCGUAUCCAGAAAGUCCAACGGCAUUGCCGCUCCCACCAAUGCGGUACAUAAGCGUCUUGGGUGGAUCUCAAGAAUCUUCCGGCUGGACAUAUCGUGUGCUAGGCUAUUUGCUCUCGCAGCAAAAAAAAAUACCAAAAGAAAAUUGCACCAUUUUGCCACUGCACUUCUUUGCCGGCUAUAACAAUACAGGAGAGUGUCGACUGACUACCCAAAACUACAGCCAUGCCUUGAGUCCAGCCUUCCUUAUCGAUGGCUAUGAUUGGGCAUCCGGUCAGUACUCUACAUGGACCGAAUCCACCUGGUCGCAAUUCAGUGCGCGCAUCUUUCUGCGUCCGUCCAAUGUGCACCAGGUAACCACGCUCAGUGUGGGCAUAGUGGUGCUCAUCAUCUCCUUCUGCCUGGUGUACAUAAUAAGCUCGCGCUCGGAAGUCCUCUUCGAGGAUUUGCCGGCAAGCAACGCUGCAUUGUUUGGUUGAUGUUACGACUACCACAGAGGGGUCAUCCAACGUGUUCAACUGCUCAUUCCUAAGAUUUCUGCAUGCAAUGUAGUUAAGUUAGUACUCAAUUUAAUUGCUCUCUGACCUGUAUAUGCCCUUUUAGGUUGCCGCCGCCGACGGCUUGUUAGUCCAGAGGGAAUCCUUCACAAAGAUCUAAGACCGGAAUUUUAUGGGCAUUGCCGUUACUAAGAUUGAUCUGAAAAGAAUAGACACACUUAACAAAAAGACACUAAAAUGAUAUUCUAACUUCUCGUCUAAUUUAAAUCAAUAAGCAACACAUUUAUUUAUAUAUAUUUUUGUAUUUUAAACAAUUAAAGUUAGCCUCUAGCGACUAUAUUGUAUAAUAUGUGUAGACAUUUAACCAAUACUGUCUCAUUUUAAAAUCUUGUUCAACAUUUCACGACCCGCUCUGCAUUGUACAUAGAGUUAACUAAAAAAAAUCAAUUGAACCUCUAAGAAUGCCAAGGAAGAGAUGUCUGUACAAAUAUUGACAUUCAUAAAUAUUGAGUAUAAGCCCUAAAUAAAUGGAAAUAUUUAUAUACCUUCUGCAUA